CGAGUAGCAGAGGAGACAGUGGAAGUGUCUGUCUUGUAGGUCUAAUGAGAGCACAUUGGCAUUUGUCACUGGGAAGGGCUGCAUGUGGCUGCCCAAGGUUACCAAGCUGGUGCAGAGCAAAUCAGGCAACUUAUAUUUAGCCUUGCAAAUGGCGCACUGUGGAUUAUGUCUUAGGGCUCUCCGGUUUCGUCUUCAGAGCGUUUUGUUGCAUGAAGGGGGGCUGUGGAUCAUGAAGAGGCUUCCAUUAAGUCACUCUUCUCCUGGAGGUGGAGGGCUAUUCAGAGAGUCCCAAAGACACCGAAGACGACACACUUGAGUUGGACUGACAGUUGUGCAGAGGGUGAGCAGGGGGUUGCUUGCCAUACAAGCAGAGGACAGCCAUCGUCACUGGACAUAUCAGAGAUUAUUUCGCCAGGUUACUGAGGUUUGGCAUCAAACACCAUCAUGGAUGUACUCGCCUUAGAGGCAAAGAAUGUGAAUACAGCAGAUGCUGAGAAGAAGUCUGCAACGAGGCCAAAACCAAAACCUCCUAAAAAGGCCAAAAGGAUUGUUUACUUUGAGGUGGAGAUAGUGGACUUGAAGACUAAAGAGAAACUGCUGCUAUUGGACAAGGUGGAGCCAACCGCCACUGUUUUGGAUAUCAAAGCCUUGUUUCAAAAGUCAUAUCCAAAGUGGUAUCCAGCUAGACAAUCCCUGCGUUUGGAUCCAAAGGCCAAGUGUCUCAGGGAUGAGGAAGUACUGCAGACACUUCCUGUGGGAACCACAGCCCAUUUUUAUUUCAGUGACCUCGGACCCCAGCUCACAUGGGGAACAGUGUUCCUGUCAGAGUGUGUUGGCCCACUGAUCAUCUACUUAAUGUUCUACUUCCGCCUUCCCUUCAUUUACUCUCCAAAAUAUGACUUCACAAGCAGCAAGCACUGGGUUGUACAUUUAGCCUGUAUGUGUCACUCGUUCCACUACAUUAAGAGGAUCCUGGAGACACUAUUUGUCCAUCGUAUCUCCCAUGGGACCAUGCCUCUCAGAAACAUUUUCAAAAACUGUGGCUAUUACUGGGCCACUGCAGCAUGGAUGGCAUACUACAUCAACCACCCUCUCUACACCACACCAUAUUACGGGCAGCAGCAGGUGAACACAGGGCUGUACAUUUUCUUGUUCUGUCAAGUAGGGAAUUUUUCCAUCCAUGUUGCUCUUCGUAACCUCAAAUUAUCAGGUUCAAAAUCCAAGAAGAUUCCUUAUCCAACUAAAAAUCCCUUCACUUGGAUUUUCUGGCUGGUCUCUUGUCCAAACUACACAUAUGAGCUGGGCUCCUGGAUCGGCUUCACAGUGAUGACCCAGUGUGUGCCUGUGGCUUUCUUCACUCUCGUGGCCUUCAUCCAGAUGACUGUGUGGGCCAAAGGCAAACACCGCAGCUACUUGAAGGAGUUUAGGGAUUAUCCAACCCUGCGCUCCUCCAUCCUCCCGUUCAUCCUGUAAAGCCUGGCACAGAAAACAACAGUUGCUACACACAUCCAGUCCCAUUGAUGAUCAAGGCCUUCUUUAAGGCCUCUCCAUCUGCUGGACGUCAGAGAAUGUGUGCUAAGGUCAACUUAACAGAUGGAUUUUUUUGGUCAUAUGAACUCUGUAACAUUUUCUCAAGUCACUCCAUCACAGAGGGUGGCAGUUACUGGAAGAGUCUGGUGGAUGCAUGUCUGUUACAGACUUGCACCAAUAGCAGACUUUGACAAUGGCAAUGAAGCCUUCAGAGUUGAAUGCAACACAGUCUUAAUUUUAUGUUGUGUGUGAUCGUAAUAAGCAAGAGGAUGUUAUUUUGGUACUAUUGUAACAGGUUUGAGAAAGAGUGUUGUUUAGUUUUUUUUUUUUUUUUUUUUUUAAUAGACCAUCAAUUUCUGAGAUUUCAGCGUCCAGCCUGGGAACCAAGAGGCUAAACAGCAUGGUCAAACAAGCCUGGAGCUGACGACGUUUGGCCUCUGGAUUAAGUGUAUUCAGAUUC